CUAGAAGAUUCCAUUUUGAAAAACUUUUUUUUAUUUUAUGUUAAGACGCAUCACCAAAACACGUGAUGAAACUGAUCAGAUUAUAUACAGGAUAUUCGAUCUUGUAUCUCCCCCUUCUGACCGCUAAUGUAGAUUUUAAUCAAUUGAUUUCCUUAAUUCGAAUUGAAGAAACAGAUGGAAAUCAUGUAAAAUAGAUAGCAUAGAUCACUCAAAUCAUCAUGUUCAUUUCCGUACAAAAUUUUGAUCCGUUUCGUCGUCCCUUCCCUUUCCUCCCCUCCUCCUGUCUUGGCUGUAAAUAAUUUUGUGAGUGGCGAGGGCAAACGCUCAAAAGAUUUUUAGGCAGCAGCACUCAAAACUUAUAUAUAGUUAGAUACUUUCCUAUGGUAUAACCAGAUCCUUUUUGCUGUAUUCAAUUGAUUUAUAUAGUCAAUUGGUAGAGGAAUGGGUCAAUCAAGUAAUGACGAAGGGUACUCCCCUCGUGACAUGCUUGCACCAAUUCCAAUCAAAGCUCAUCCUGAUAAGAGAGCAAAGUCUCCCCUCCAAUUUAGUAAUUUUGAGUCUGAAGUUGCAUUGAGAUCUUUCACUCCAUCAACAGUUCAGAAUUUAAAAUUUAGAAAUGCUCAUAGAAGACCUUCAUAUAGUACUAUCGAAGUAAGUAGAGAAUCAGGUUAUAACCUUGAUUUCCCUGAUGAUGAUGAUGAAGUUGAAAAAGUUCAAUUGGACCCCACAUCUCGAUUUUUUGCAAGAUCAAGAAAGAGAACUUUGAAUUUACCUAAAUUAUUACCUUAUAAGACAGAAAGUCGGAAAGAUCAAGCCAAGUUCUUAAGUCAUAUCGUAUCUCAUUUAUAUAUUGCUAUUAAGACUCUUGAUCUAAGAGGAUUUUUACCAGUUAGUGCUAAAGAUUUAGCUGCUCUUAAAAAUGAAAGUGGUUUAUCCGAUAUUGAUUUAGCCUUGGAAACUAACUUAUUUGAAUUAGGUAGUGAGGAUCAUGGAUAUGAAGAUGAUGAUCUUUCAGCCAAUGAGACUGAAAGUGAAAACGAAGAAGAUGAUCAAGAAGAUGCGGGAGCGGAUCUGACCGAUAAUGUUCAUCAAUAUAAAAAAUCUCCUAAAUCAGCUGCUGUGGUAGGAGUAAGAACUUGGACUCAAGAAUUAUUAGUAUGGAUAAGUAUGAAAUAUGACAUGCCCAUCAAAUUGAAAAUUUGCCUUACUAGAGUUUAUUAUGCUCUUUGUCUUUCAAGAGGUCAACAUCUUAAUUUAAAGUUAUACGUUCGUUUGUUGAAUGAAUUAACAAAGGAUAAACCUUUGUUAAAGGAACAAGGUUUAGUAUUAGACUGGAAGCCAUUAGCUGAAGAGUUUGUUUACUUAUUCCAUCCCGUUGAUGCAGCAGCAAAAAGAUUUGAAACAAAAGAUACAAAACAAUUACUUCCCAUUAUCUCAGCGGUUUCAUACUUUUUUGAUAAAUCUGAUCUCCCGGAAAUAUACUCAAAGUUAUCUGCUCAUUUCAAUCCUGCUAGUGCAAAUCUUGUGGUAUCAUCUUUUGGAUUAUUACCAGUCAAUUUCACAGCUGGUGGUGUGGAUGAUCCUAAUGAUAUUCGUCAUUAUUUAUCUUCACUCUUCUAUAUGUGGUUAAAUCUUGGACGAUCAGCCAGUUUUGAAGAACAAAUCACUCAUAGAUUGGGAUAUUUUGCUCAAGCCGCAUUAUCUGAAUUAGAUAAGAACCCUGAAGCUGCCACAUAUCUUAAUUUAGGUAAAUUCGGUAUAUUCACUGACGAUCAAAUGGAGUAUGUGGUUAAUAUUUUAUUAAAUAGUUUGGGUAUAAUGGUGGAGAAAUAUGGAUCUAUAAAAUCAAAAUUUUUCCCAGGAUUUGCUUUAAUUUUAAUUUACUCUAUAAAUCAAAAUUCAGGUUUAGGUGAAGUAAGCAUCAUGAAUUAUUUAAAGACAAUCUUAAAUGCUAUUGAAAGUUAUGUCCAUCCUUCAAAUUCAGGAGAAUGGUCAAGACUGAUUUCAUUAAUGGUUCUUUCCUUCAUCAGACAAUUCUAUGGACGUUAUAAUAUGGAAAGAGAAGAACACAGUGACUUUUACAAUAUCCCUGAAGAAUAUAAAUUAACAAAAGAAGUGGUUAAAGAAUUUGUAUCUAUCUUCAUUCCAAUAAUUAAAACUGGUAUUCAAGCAAAAGACACCACUGUAAUGGAAGACUAUUUAUUAGCAUUGCAAUAUAUUACUCAUUUAGAACCAGAAAUGGUGUUGGAGUUCUUUUUACUUGAUAUUUAUGAAUCGAUUGAAGGUGUUAUUUCCACUCAUAGAGUCAACACAGCCAUUCAAGAAAUUGAAGUGUUAGCCAGAUACCUUGUUUCAACUCCAAUAUAUAGAGUACAUGUUACAAGAUUGAUUCUGUUAAUCUUACCCGGUUUGGAUACAAAUGAUUUGGAUAAGACUUUAGAUACCUUAAAUUGUAUCUCCGCAUUUGCAACCUUUGUCCCAUUUGAAGAUCUUACUCAUGGUGAUGGUGAUCCAUCUUUUGCAUUUGAAUUUACCAAUACUCAUUUAGAGUAUCUUAAUCGAAAAGUGUAUGGUCAAGAUUCAGGAGAAUAUGAAGCCUUUGAAGUAGAUGAAGAAACUGAAUUAAGGGCAUUAAAAUCAUCUAGUGCUGCUUUCGUCACUAUUAUGAAAACUUUAUCACAACGUGUGAUUGAAUUAUUAGAAAAUCUUACUGAUCCUAAACAAAGUGAUGGAUUAGAGUCUGAUUUGGCUCUGGUAUUACCUAAACUUUUAUACGUCUUAAAUGAAUCAUUAUCAGAAGAACUUUUUAAGUCUUUUAGAAGUGACUUCUUUGAAUUCGUACUUAAUAAUCAAAUUCAUCCUAUCGCCAGUAUUGCCGCUGAAAUUUGUGGUGGGUUAAUUAAAAGAAAUCCUAAGUCAUUCAAGAAAUAUGCAAGACUAUUAAUAGAUCGAAUAAAAGAAGAAAUUGAAGAAAAUGGAGCUGGUUUGGUAAGAACUGGUGAUGAAGUGGUUCCUCGUGAUCAAGGAUUACAUUGGAACUUGUUAAUCUUAAAUGAAUGUGUUGCCAAUGCUCACAGUUAUGUGGUUGACAUUGCUGAUGAAUUAAAUAAACUAUCUUUCUUUUUGAUGGAACAUGUUCGAGGUCCAACUACUUUUGCAAGUUCAUAUCUUUUACAUUCUAUGCUUCAAUCUGUUACUAAGAUUAGAUUAAAGGAAAAUAGAUUAAUCGCUCCCGCAUACAAAGAAGCUCAUGGUAUUGAUGAGAAAUGUUGGGGUGCUUUCCAAUUUGAUAAAGAUAGAUUCCUGAAAGAAAUCACCACUUUUGAUUGGUAUAUUCCAAGUGAAAAAGAAGUGCUGUUUGCGGUUGAAACAUUCACAGACCAUGUUACUAAGAUCUUGGGGCUUAUUCAAGCAUUGAUUAAAGAUCAUGAUGCGGAUAUCCAUAAAGAUGCAAAUAGUUCUGUCAAGCGUACAGAUGAAUUAAGAGUGUACCUUUAUUACUUGGGUUAUGCUUUAAGUGGUGUUUCCAAUCUUUUAGAUCCUUCUUUUGAAGAGGAUAUUCCUAAUUUGAAUCAUCAAACUGAAUCGAUUCAACAAAGAUUAUUCUUGCUAAAGAAGAUUAGAGAAAUGGAAAGUUUAACCAACGGUAAAGAAGAGUUUAAUCCUGACAGCAUAAAUGACAAUUUGCAAAGAAUAAUUGAAAAUCUUGGUAAUGAUGAUUUACUUACUUAUAUGGUUGAUCCUGAAGUUGUAAAUGAUUUAAUACUGAAUGACGUUGAUGAUCAUGAUGAUAACAAUAACAACAGAAGUAGUGAUCAACUUCCUCUGAUAUCUAUACAGUCUGACAAUGGGAAGCGUGAUAAUGGGAAUGAUAGCUCAUAUAAUGUUCGUGAACAUAUAUUUGCAGCCAUGUCUAAAUCGGAAUCUCUUGCUCCAUCGGUGGAUGAAUCUUUAAGAGCAACUCCACAAAUCGAAGGAAUAGAUAUGUCAAGUAUGAAUCCUGCUAUUACGUUCAGAGAAAGACAAUUGUAUACUUCCAAUUACUUUUUUGGAGAUAGUAUGGAACAAAGAAAAGCAAAUCCAUUAUAUUUAAGAUUACAUAAAACUUAUAGACUUGUUGGUAAGAGUUUACAUCUUAUUAGUAAAUUUUUAAUGAAGAAUUUCCCUGAUAAUCCAAAGGUUUUCAAACAUUUCCUUUUAGUGUUAAACUUUUGGUUUGCUGAUGUUGGAAGAGAAAGAUUACUUGGUGAUACUCAAGCUAACAUUCAUUAUGAAUAUCUUUCUCACUUACAACAAAUCAAUGGAUUACGUAAAACUUUCACCAGAUUAACUGUUGGUGCCAGAUUAGAGAAAUAUCAUAAUAUUCGUGUUGCAUUACAUGCCACUUCGAGAACUCAAACUGAUUUGGAUAAAUUAUUAAUUGAGGAUGCUGUUAAAUUGGCGGUAUCUACUUAUACUGCAAUUGCUCGUCCUGCCCAAUCACUUUUAGUAGAUGUUAUGAAAAGGGUUAAUGGAUCUUAUACGACUAUCAUUAAAUCAUCAUUCAAAUACCUUUCAAAAUCAUUAGAAAAAGAUAAUGCACAUCAAAUCAAGAGUGGAUUAAGUAUUUUCUCACUUAGAAAGGUUAAAGCCAGAAUUCAAAAUGAUUUCUACCAUGUGGAAAAAUAUAUUGAAUUAUUGCACCGUUGUUUAGAUGUUGAUAAUAUUGAAGUUUACACUAUAGCCCAAAGUUUAUUUAAGGGGGUUUAUAGAAAUAUUGCUCCUCCAUCCGAUAUUUGUAUCAUUGACUUGAAAGAAAUUGAUUCUAUUAGACCACCAGAUGAAUUCAUUGAUCUUGAAAUUAAAGCGGUUACAUUAGCUAAGGAAAGGAAAAGAAAAGUCUUAAUGAAUAAGAUUCAUGAUGUUGAAGAAAGUGUUUUAGUUCAUGAAAAGACCAAUUCACAUUGGAAGACUACAUCUCUUAAUUUAACUUUAUUAAUCAAUAUUCAAAUGCAUUUGGUGAUCCCUACCAGUAAUGAUGUUUUCCAAUUAUUAGCCAAGACUGCAUCAAAUGAUCAUCCAGUGUUAUCUCGUCUUGCCUUAAAAGGUAUUACAAGAAUGGUGAGUAAAUUAUGUCUUUUGGAUAGUGUAAAGUAUAAUAUCGAGGAUGGUUAUAGGAACGACUUUCAAUUUAAAGGAUUUAAAUUUAUUGAUACUAAACCACAAGAGGGUAAAUCUUUUAGAGAAAUAUUUAAACAAAAAUUUGCCAAUAUUGAAAGUCCUGAAUUCUUUAUUGAUCAAAAAGAUGCCCCAGGUUGGUUAUAUUGGGGUGAUAAAUUACAAGUAUCCAUAAGUAGUCCAAUCACACAAUUAUCAUUAUCAGCUACUGAUGAACUGUCAUUAAGAGCAUUUGGUGGUUGUGUAUCUAAAGAAUGGGUAAAGAAUAUUGUUAAAUUAUGGAUCAAUGAUAAUGAUGUUACAGUGGCAUUUCAAUCUACAGAUGUUUACAUUACAGCUGAUUUACUUCAUUUAAUUUCAAGUGGAUAUAUUCAAGAUUUCACUUUAGGUGAUUUGAUAAGUAUUAUUGAUGAAGUUUAUGAUAGUGAAGAUAAGAGUACUCAUAUAGUUGUUUGUGAAUUAUUUGCCGGUAUGUUGAUGGCAUCUAAAUAUAUUAAUGCAGAAAUUGCUCAACAACGUGAUGAAUUCAUUUCCCAAUUUUUGAAUAAGAUUUUCAAUCAAGAUUUAUCUCAAGAUAAUAAAUACAUUUGGCAUACAUUUGCAUGGUGGAUACCUUCCCAUAUUGAUGUGAGAAGAUUCCCCGUGGUGAUGAAAGAAAUUACUAAUUUUAAAUUAGAUAUUAAUUCUGAUUCUUCGUUUAAAGAAUCAACAAGAUUAAGUUUUGUUAGAGCAUAUGCUACUACGUUAAACACUGAUUUAUCAAAUCCUGAAGAAUUAUUAGACUUAUGUUUGAAUAAUAUGAAUCAUAGAUAUCAAGCAGUUCGAAAUCAAAUUGGAGCUUUAUUAGCUGUGUUAUCCUUAAUCAAAGUGACUGAAUCAGUAGCUAAUAGUGAAGAAUUUGUCCAAAAAUGUAAUAAUGAAGAAGGAUUAAAUUUCUAUGACUUUAAAUAUAAGAUUGAAGGAAUGGUAAGUCAAAUCUUUGAACAAAAUAAUACUUGGAAAUUACAAGUGGAAGAUUUAUCCCCUCAAGAAGUGAUUAAAUCAGAUUAUUUUUAUAGUUCAACUACAAUUUUAACGUGGUUAAAACAAAUCUUAAGUCCAAGUUCAUCAAUAUUAUUUCAAUCUUUUAUUUCCAAAUAUAUUAUGCCAUUUUUAUUAGAUUUACUUAAUAAGAAAGAAGUUUGUCAAUUAGGUAAUGUUAAUCCUACUGGUGUAUUAAGAAAGAUUGGACAAUUGAGUUAUUCCAAAGAUCAUCUUGAUGAAAUCAUCCUUAUGAUUAAAGGGUAUAGUAAAGAUAAGAAAUUAAAAGUUCAUUCUAUAUUAUUAAUGGGAUUAUUUACGGAAAUGUUUUAUUUUAAGAAUUUUUUUAAAUUUACUAAAAUUCAAAGACAUGAAAUUUUCAAUAUAACUUAUUCACUGUUAUUUAAUGAACAUAAUGAAGUUCGAGAAACUGGAUCAAGAACAUUUGCUGGAUUAGUUCAUAUGUCACCACCGGAUGAAAUUGAAUCAAUUAUAAAUACUUAUACUAAAUUAUUUAUAAAAGAUUUAGAACGAAUCAGAAGAAAGAAUAAAGAUCAUCAUUUCAAUAAUGAAGAUAAUAUUAAAUUACAUGGUGUGACAUUAGGGUUAGGAGCUUUAAUUCAUGCUUUUUCAUUUGCAUCACCCCCACCAAAAUGGGUUCCUCAAAUCUUAACUAUUUUAGCUAAUAAAUGUUGUGGAAUUCCUGGUCUUGUCGGUAGAACUGCCAAGGAAGCCUUAAGUAAAUUCAAAAAGGAUAGACAAGAUACAUGGCAUAUUGAUAGUAAAGUAUUUAAUGAAGAGCAAAUCCAAGAUUUAGAAGGAGUAUUAUGGAGAAGUUAUUUCAUUUAAUUACAAAUACAUUUUGUUUUAUAGAUGGAUGUGUAUACAUUUUUUUAUAUAUAUAUAUAUUACG